AUGAGCUGCCGAUCAGCCGUGGAUCUCAUGACAGGGGCCAUUGGGCACCUGCUCACCAAGCUUGGCGAGUUCCUCAAGCAGGAGCACAAUCUGCGAACAAGCAUGAAGGGAGACAUAGAGUCUCUUGAGACACAGCUGAGGAGAAUGGACGAUGCCCUAUCCGAGAUGACGCCACGGGCGCAGCAGGAGUACGAUAAGUAUUGUGCAUAUGAGCUGAGAGAUCUGUCAUAUGACGUAGAGGAUAUCGUCAACAACUUACUGUUGACCAUGAACGAUGGCUCGGAGCCUAUGACCAAUAACCAAGACAGCUUCAGGGACACGUGGGAAGACAUCAAGGCCCGAGUCAAAAAUCUGGAUGCCUGGCGUGCUGGAAUUGUGGCUAAACCUACCACUAGGUCUGUUGACCCAUCUCUUGAGGACAGCGCUUUUGUUUCUGUUGGCCGACAAGCUGACGUGAAGAAAGCCCUGAGGGAUAUUCUCAUAGACCUUGGCAAGAAAAGAUACAGCGAUCUUAACAUGACCAUGCUGAAUGAAGGGGAGCUCAUCGACGAACUCCAGCAUUUCCUUGAGAACAAGAGGUUCUUAAUUGUUAUUGAUGGUAUAAGGGGCAUACCAUCAUGGGAAGUAAUUAAAUGUGCUUUAGUGGACAAUGGUUGUGGAAGUAGACUAGUCACAACUUCUCGUGUACUCGACGCCGCAGAAUUGAGUGGUGAAGAUUUGGAGCUGAUGCCCCUUUCUAUUGAUGGCUCUAAGGAACUAUUCUAUGCCACAUUAUGUGGUCGUAAAGGCGCACUUAGUUUUGAUCCACUAGAUGAGCAGACCACUGAAUACAUUCUACAGAAAUGUGGUUGUGUACCAUUAGCUAUAAUUAUGAUAGCUAGUUUGUUGGCUGGUAAACCACAAGAGGAAUGGACUGAGGUGUACAACUCUAUUGGAUUUGGGCAGGAAGAUAAUAUGGGUGCUGAGAACAACACAAGAAAGAUAGUCCAGUUUAGUUACUAUGACCUGCCAAGCCAUCUGAAGACCUGCCUGUUGUAUUUGAGCAUAUUUCCUGAUGACCACGUGAUUGAGAAAGACACACUGGUGUGGAGAUGGGUAGCCGAAGGCUUUGUGCAUGACGACGGAGAGCUAGAGGAAUCAUUAUUUAAGGUCGGAGAGAGGGGUCUGAAGAUUGAAAUUGGCCAUUUAAGAUACUUACAGACACUAGACUUGACGGAUACCGACAUAUCGGCAUUGCCAUGUGGUGUUACUCAGCUAAGACAACUCAAGUGCUUGCGAUGUUUUGCCUUAAGAGGACUAAAAUCACCAAAGGGUAUAGGAAACCUAACAUCGUUGGAAGAGCUGUGGUUGGGUAAAGUUCAUAAUUCCCCAAACUUUACUAAAGAGCUGAGCAAGCUGACAGAGCUAAGGGUGCUCCAUAUUGUCACACGGUACAGUUUGGGUGGAAAACAGCAGGAAGCAGCCUUAUUAGUGCAGUCUCUAAGCAAAUUGCAGAAAAUCGAAGGUGUCCUAAAUGGCAAAGAGGUUGCCGUGAAAUUGCUCCAUUCAAUGUCACAAAAACUCAACUAUGAAGAGGACUUCAUGAAGGAGUUCGAGAACCUUAGAAGACUCGACCAUACUAAUAUUGUACAGCUACUUGGCUACUGCUAUGAAAUAAAGCGUAUUUGCGUAGAGUAUGAAGGAAAGUAUGUUCUUGCUGAUAACAUUGAUAGAGCUCUCUGCUUUGACUAUAUGCCCAAUGGAAGUCUACAAGGGCACCUUAACGGUAUAAUUCAGUGGAUUGACGUCCACUGGUCACUACUGCAAAUGGAGGGAGACGGUCUUGGUGAGACUCGUGAAAGAAAAUCUUUAAAUCUUCCAAGUGAAGCCUUACUGCAGUCUGCGGACAUGAAAAGAUCUGGUCCUGAUGGUUUGUCUACAUCAGAACUUUUUUUUUUAACAACAAUCUUAGCUGGUGGUUGA